AUGAUUUAACCCCAGAAUUACUGAGUGUUGAUUACUGAUUCGUUGAUUUGAAAAUUUGAACAACAAAAAUACGGACUUUCUUCUUUCUUUCCUGAUCCUGAAAAUCGAAGAAAAUUAGUUGAGGUUAGAUCUCAGAUCUCAUUUUCCAAAAAUGUUUUAUAUUAUUGGACUAGGAUUGGGUGAUUGUAAAGAUAUCACCGUGAAAGGAUUGGAGAUAAUUAAAAAAUGUGAUCGCAUUUAUCUAGAGUCUUACACAUCAAUUUUAGGAUGCUCAACAGAAGAAUUGGAAGCGUUUUAUGGACAUAAACUAAUUACUGCUGACAGAGAAAUGGUUGAACAACAAGCUGAUAUAAUUUUAGAAGAUGCUCAUGAAAAGGAUAUUGCAUUCUUGGUUGUUGGAGAUCCUUUUGGUGCUACUACACAUACUGAUCUAAUUUUACGAGCUAAACAAAAUAAUAUAAACGUGAAAGUUAUUCAUAAUGCUUCAAUUAUGAAUGCUGUGGGAUGUUGUGGCUUACAGUUAUAUACCUUUGGUGAAACUAUAUCUAUUCCAUAUUGGACUGAUACUUGGAAGCCUGACAGUUUUUUUGAAAAAAUUAUUAGUAACUAUAAGAGAAAUUUACAUACAUUGUGCCUAUUAGAUAUAAAGGUUAAAGAACCUACACUAGAAAGUUUAACGAAAAAAAAGAGGGAAUACAUGCCACCAUUAUUCAUGUCGGUGAAAGAGGCUUCAAGUCAGAUAUUGGAAAUAUUGGAAAGACAAGAACAUACAGAACCCAGUAUAUCUGAAGAAACACUUUGUAUUGGACUUGCAAGGGUGGGUAGAGAUGAUGAAACAAUUAAAGCUGGUUCACUUAAAACUAUGGCAGAUGUUGAUUUGGGACCUCCACUACAUUGUAUGGUUAUUGUAGCACCAACACUACAUCCUUUGGAACUUGAGUAUGUAGAGCAAUUCAGGAUUUAAUUUAUUAUCUAUCCAUAUAUCUCAAUUAUAUUGCUGAUCAAAUUUCUCCUAACAAUUACUAUAAGUAUGUUUCCAUCGUUUGAAAAAUGGGAGUUGAAUUAAAUUCAACAGGAA